UCUAAUGUUUAUUGCAGAAGAUUUAAGUUGAAAUUCACGCACACACAGACAUCCCUGCACGUCUUUCCCACACAAACAAUGGAAUCAAUCUCAUUAAGGAAUUAUGAUCACUGACAACACAAUGCAUUGUCUCCAUCUCAAAUCUCUCUUCCACACACAAAACCAAACGUGACAGGUACCAUAUUAGGAAGUUAUUAAGGAAUGGGCCACACGGCCCUCAAAAGAUCUUCCACUUCCACCCUCCCAACCUCCACCGCCACCCCUGCCAGGCGCGGCGGCGGCCGUAUACGCAAGAGAUUCAACAACCUUAGAAUCACAAUCUUCUGCGGCCUCGUCACCAUCCUCGUCCUCCGCGGCACAAUUGGCAUCAACCACCUCUUCCCCAACGAUCCCACCGAAGCCCGAAACCAGGUCCUCCUCGAAGAAGCCAAUCGAGUCGUCGCCGAAAUCAGAUCAGACGACAACGACCCAGAUGACGAUGAUGAACAACACUCCCAACCCCAAAUCAAUCCCUCCAAUGUCACCUACAGUCUGGGACCCAAAAUUCCCAAUUGGAACAAGGUGAGAAAAACUUGGCUCAAAGAAAACCCUAAUUUCCCAAACCAUAUAAACGGGAGAGCCCGGAUUUUGCUUGUAACUGGGUCUCCACCCAACCCUUGUGACAACCCAAUUGGGGAUCAUUAUCUAUUGAAGUCUAUAAAGAACAAGAUUGAUUAUUGUCGAAUUCAUGGAAUUGAGAUUGUGUAUAACAUGGCUCAUCUGGACAGAGAGCUUGCCGGGUACUGGGCGAAGCUGCCAUUGAUUCGCACUCUCAUGGUGUCCCACCCGGAGGUCGAGUGGAUAUGGUGGAUGGACAGUGAUGCCAUGUUUACAGACAUGGUUUUCGAAAUCCCAUUAUCUAAGUAUGAUGGUUAUAAUCUGGUUAUUCAUGGGUAUCCUGAAUUGUUGUUCAAUCAGAAAUCUUGGAUAGCUUUGAAUACAGGGAGUUUCUUGCUUAGGAAUUGCCAAUGGUCUUUGAAUUUGCUUGAUGCUUGGGCUCCCAUGGGUCCGAAAGGUCCCGUUCGUGAUGAGGCCGGGAAGAUUCUGACGGAGAAUUUGAAGGGGAGGCCGGCAUUUGAGGCCGAUGAUCAGUCUGCAUUGAUAUACUUGUUGAUUAAAAAGAGGAGUAAGUGGAUGCAUAAGGUGUUCAUUGAAAAUUCUUAUUAUUUGCAUGGUUAUUGGGAGGGUUUGGUGGAUAGGUUUGAGGAAAUGGCUGAGAAGCAUCAUCCGGGGUUGGGCGAUGAGAGGUGGCCUUUUGUGACACAUUUUGUGGGUUGCAAGCCUUGUGGGAGCUACGGAGAUUAUCCGGUGAAGAGGUGUUUGAGUAGCAUGGAAAGGGCAUUCAAUUUUGCUGAUAAUCAGGUGCUUAAGUUAUUUGGAUUUAGCCAUAGAGGUCUGUUGAGUCCGAAGAUCAAGUGGAUCGGAAAUGAGACUAAUAAACCUUUGGAGCUUCGAAACCAGUUUGAUAGUCAACUGGCAAGGCAUAGAGGCAGUGUAUCUCAGAAAUCGUGAGUAAUUUUGUUUUUUGAGUUUGAUUCAUUGAAGCUAAUGCAAUGUAGUUUUGUCAACUAUAUGGCUGCAUUUUAGAAUUCUUUCUAUUCAUUGAUUUGUUCUUCCCUUGUAAAACUGUCUGGAUAGUUGAAUCACCAAGGUGUUGAAUUCUUUGUAUCGAUUGAUUUAUAAUAUAUAUUUUUAUCUCC